AUGUCUGGCAUGACUAUUACCAAACUAAACAAUAAAAGACAAGUAUCGGCUCCCAAGCAGAUAGUUGCAGUACCGUCUUCAAUUCCUAUAUCACCAACCGUCAAUUUCCCAACUCCAGCAACACCAAUAAGAUAUUUGUUCCGCACACCAAUUACCAUCACGGCCGGCUCUGAAGGGCACGCUUUUCCUAUCCACCUCGAGAUCCUGCUCACAGCGUCACCCUUCUUCGCAGCCGCAUACAACCCAACUUACGCUUUCCGUGACUCGCCCACACCUCUCACUAAUAGAUCUAGCAUUUCCAUUGGUAAGAAUAAGACUGAUUUCAAUAAAUUAUCGCUUCCCACAAUCCUGCCGCAAGAUUUUGAAUACUUCAUCCAAUGGCUGUACACCCGCACUUUAGACCACGAAGACUUGACAGGCCCGCAUCCAGCCUACUUCAAACUCAUCAGACUCUAUUCCUUGGCAGAUCAACUACAAGUAACCGCUCUCAAAAACAGAAUCAUAGAUGAAUUGGCCACCGUUGCGGACCGGACGAAUUCCUGUCCCACACCUGAUGAUACCCGUGUUGUCUGGGACGACGAGAGUGGCUGCCUUUCUUCAAGUGGCUCCUCUACAAUCGUCAGAUGGCAUAGCUCGAAGACUGGCGAAGGCAGCGAAAACGAUCAAGCGGCCGAAGGUUGUGGAGGUCAUGUUGGUACACAUGGUGGUGGCGGACUGAGAGAGCUGAUAGGAGAUCUAUUCGUGUGGAAGAAGACGGAUAAGCUUAUUGCAGAGCAUCAAGAUCAGUGGGACGAGAAGUUCAUGAGGGAGGUGAUUGUGAAGCUGAAGAGGGAGAAGGCGAAGAGCGAACGGCCACCUUGGAGAGACAGGCAGGCAGCCUGUAAAAGGUAUCAUGUUCAUGAUGAAUGGGCGCCUGCAUGUGAGGGUACGGCAAAGGGUAGCUGA